CCCUCCGAGGCUGCGUCCCGGGAAGCCCGGCCCCCCGCGCCCCCCGGCCCGGCCCGGCGCCCCGGACCUGAGCGCGCCCCCAUGGAGGCGCCCGGGCUGGCCAAGGCGGCCGCGGCGGACGCCGACUCCCGAGAGAGCUCGGGGGAGACCCCCGACGGCGCGCCCGCGCACUUCCCCGGCCCCGGGGCGCCCUCGCCGGAGCCGCCCGCCUACCGCUCGCAGGACUUCGACACGCUGGCCACCGUGGGUACAGGGACGUUCGGCCGCGUGCAGCUGGUCCGCGAGAAGAAGAGCACGCAUUUCUUCGCCCUGAAGGUGAUGAGCAUCCCGGAUGUCAUCCGCCUGAAGCAGGAGCAGCACGUCCACAACGAGAAAUCCGUGCUGAAGGAAGUCAGCCACCCCUUCCUGGUCAAGCUGUUCUGGACGGGGCACGAUGACCGCUUCCUGUACAUGCUGAUGGAGUUCGUGCCGGGUGGUGAGCUCUUCAGCUACCUGCGCAACCAGGGCCGCUUCUCCAGCUCCACCGGGCUCUUCUACUCCGCGGAGAUCGUCUGUGCCAUCGAGUACCUGCACUCCAAGGAGAUCGUCUACAGGGACCUGAAGCCGGAGAACAUCCUGCUGGAUAGAGACGGUCACAUCAAGCUCACUGACUUCGGGUUCGCCAAGAAACUGGUGGACAAGACGUGGACCCUUUGCGGGACCCCCGAGUACCUGGCCCCCGAAGUCAUCCAGAGCAAGGGCCACGGGAGAGCUGUGGAUUGGUGGGCACUCGGCAUCCUGAUAUUUGAGAUGCUCUCGGGGUUUCCUCCGUUUUUUGAUGACAACGCAUUUGGCAUUUACCAAAAAAUUCUUGCAGGCAAGAUAGAUUUCCCCAGACAUUUGGACUUCAGUGUCAAAGACCUCAUUAAGAAACUGCUUGUUGUCGACAGAACAAGGAGAUUGGGAAACAUGAAGAAUGGAGCAGAAGAUGUGAAACGGCAUCGGUGGUUCCGGACCACAGACUGGGAGGCUGUCCCAGAAAGGAAACUGAAGCCUCCCAUCGUGCCCAAAGUGUGCAGCGAGGGCGACACCUCCAACUUCGAAGCUUAUCCCGAAAACGACUGGAACGUGGCCCCUCCGGUGUCACAGAAAGAUCUGGAAGUCUUCAAGAAUUUCUGAGCGUGGGCUCCCCACCUGGAAGAAACAGGGUGAUUUGAGCCUGCCCGGGACAGAUGGCUGCCCCCAGGCAGACCUGAAGAAGCAUCUUCUUAAUGGGAUAAGGACUUUUCCACGUUUAUAUACACCCGGAUGUAUAUAAAGAGAUUGCAGAGCCA